GGCUAGUCAGGAGCAACAGAGAGACAAAAGGAUGGAGAUCCUUUUGGUUGUCACAGUCACCAUUUGUUUUCUGUCAGCUUUUCAUACUGCAGAAUCUUCUGCUGCUCAUUAUGACAAGAUAUUAACCCACAGUCGGAUCAGGGCACGUGAUCAAGGCCCAAAUGUUUGUGCUCUGCAGCAAGUUAUGGGGACCAACAAGAAAUAUUUCAGCACAUGCAGGAACUGGUACCAAGGAGCCAUCUGUGGGAAGAAAGCAACUGUCUUAUAUGAAUGCUGCCCUGGCUACAUGAAGAUGGAAGGCGAACGAGGAUGUCCUGCAGUUGCUCCCAUUGAUCAUGUCUACGGCACUUUGGGCAUUGUGGGAGCUACUGCCACUCAGCAAUACUCUGACUUGUCAAAACUGAGAGAAGAGAUUGAAGGACAUGGCUCUUACACAUUCUUUGCACCAAGCAAUGAAGCCUGGGAUCUUUUGGAUCGUGAAAUCCACAGUGGCCUGAUUGAGAAUGUAAACAUUGAACUCUACAAUGCCCUUCAUAAUCAUAUGGUAAACAAGCGCAUGUUGACAAAGGACCUUCGGAAUGGCAUGACUCUGGUGUCUAUGUACAACGACCUAAAACUGCACAUAAAUCACUAUCCCAAUGGUGUUGUUACAGUUAACUGUGCAAGAAUCAUCCAUGGCAACCAGAUUGCUACAAAUGGUGUUGUCCAUGUCAUUGACCGUGUGCUGACCCCUGUUGCAAAUACCAUUCAAGAUUUCAUUGAAGCAGAAGAUGAUCUUUCAUCCCUCAGAGCUGCUGCCUCUACAUCAGAUGUUAUGGAAACUCUUGGGAAGCCUGGGCAUUAUACACUCUUUGCACCUACCAAUGAAGCUUUUGAGAAGCUUCCACGUGGAGUCUUAGAAAGGAUCAUGGACGACAAGGUGGCUUCUGAAGCUCUGAUGAAGUUCCACAUUUUGAAUACUCUUCAGUGUUCUGAAGCCAUCAUGGGUGGGGCCGUCUAUGAGACCUUGGAAGGCAAUACUGUUGAAGUUGGCUGUGAUGGUGAAAGCUUGACAAUCAAUGGAGUCAAAAUGGUAAACCGAAAAGACAUUGUGACAAGCAAUGGUGUCAUUCAUCUCAUAGACCAAGUGCUUAUUCCUGACUCUGCUAAGCAGGUUAUGGAGCUUACUGGUCCCCAACAAACUACCUUCACAGACCUGGUGGCUCAGCUUGGUUUGGCUGCAUCUUUAAAGCCAGAUAAAGAAUAUACCCUGCUAGCUCCAUUGAAUGGGGCUUUUUCUGAUGACACCUUGACUAUGGAUCAACGGGUCCUCAAACUGAUUCUGCAGAACCACAUUUUGAAAGUGAAAGUUGGUCUCAGUGAUCUCUACAAUGGCCAGUUCUUGGAGACGCUGGGAGGAAAGAAGCUCAGAGUAUUUGUGUAUCGAACAGCUGUUUGUGUUGAGAACUCAUGCAUGAUCCGAGGAAGCAAAGAGGGAAGAAAUGGAUUUAUUCAUAUUUUCAGGCAAAUAAUCAAUCCAGCAGACAAAACUCUGCAUGAAGUACUGAGAUCUGAUAAACGAUUCAGCACAUUCCUUAGUCUCAUGGAAGCUGCAGACUUAGAAGAGGUUCUGUCCCAACCUGGUGACUGGACUUUGUUUGUCCCAACUAAUGAUGCUUUUAAAGGCUUGACUGAAGAAGAGAAACGGACCCUGAUAAAGGACCAAAAUGCUCUCAGGAAUAUUCUGCUUUAUCACUUGACUCAAGGAGUUUUCAUUGGAAGUGGAAUUGAACCUGGUGUGAUCAACAUUCUCAAAACUAUUCAAGGUGGCAAAUUAUACUUGAAAGCGAUAAAUGACACUCUUCUGGUGAAUGAACUAAAAUCAAGAGAAUCUGAUCUUAUGGCAACCAAUGGUGUAAUUCAUGUCAUUGACAAGCUCCUGUAUCCAGCAGAUGUACCUGUUGGAAAUGAUCAGCUCCUCGCCAUUCUAAAAAAAAUUAUUAAGUACACUCAGAUCAAGUUUGUCCGUGGUAGCACAUUCAAAGAGAUUCCAUUGACAUUUUACAAUGUUAUAACAAGAGUAGUUGGUGGCACCACAGUUCGAAAGGAGAUUGAAGUGCCAACUAUUACAAGGCUCACUAAAGUGACUGAAGGUGAACCAGAAUUUACGCUGGUCAGGGAAGGCGAAACAGUAACUAAAGUUAUUCAUGGAGCUUUUAAAAAUAUCUUUACAGAACCUAUAAUUAAAAAAUACACGAAAAUAAUUGAUGGUCAUCCUGUGGAAGUGACUGAAAAACACGUGACUGAAGAAAGAAUUAUUCAAGGUCCUGAAUUGAAAUAUACUCGAAUCACUACAGGAGGUGGGGCAGAUACUGAGGAAGCCGUCAAGAAAUUGCUGGAAGAAGAGGUUACCAAGGUGACCAAAUUCAUUGAAGGUGAUGGUCAUUUACUUGAAGAUGAAGAAAUCAAAAGACUCCUCCAGGGAGCUGGAACUGAGUACACCAAGGUUACCAAAAUAACUGAGGCAGAGCCACAGAUUAUCGAGACAGAAAUAAAGAAAAUUCAUCUGGAAGAAACACCUGUAAGGAAAGUGCAACUAUCCAGAAGGACACAAGCAGGAUCACCACGGAGAAGAACAAGGCUUGUCCGUCUUGCUGCAAAAAGACAGAAUCCACAGAAAGAGAACUAAAUCUUUGAGGAAAAGGUUGAUAAAGGGAAAAAGCCACAAGGGAAAAAAAUUACCAAAUCACUUGUUCUCAUCAAUAAUUGGGCAUAUAGCAUCCACUAUCCAUGAAAGCACGUGGGAGUACAGGUGGUAGGAAGCUAAAAUAUGCCUGUGGGCGAUAAGAUCCUAAUGAGCAGGAAUUAACUCAAAAUGUAUCACUUAUCUAUGAAUAAGAACUAUAUAACUUAAAUUAAUUCCAUCUGCAAUUAAAUAAAAUUUCAACUGACAAAAUCUAAAUGAGUGUAAGCUAUGUAAAUGAAGCACCUUUAGAUCAGCAAAACCGUGCAAUUUCAGGAUUAUGCCAUUUUGAUGUGUUAUUAAAUGUUAUUGUGACACUGAUGUUACCUUCAAAUUCAUAAUAAACUUUAAGCAAUGACAUAGGAUCGUCAUUUUCAUCACUCCAUAAAACGUUUGCUAGUGAAUUUGAUAUUUCUGUGCUGUACUCUGCAAAAAUACCCAUCUCACAAAUGGGAGGGUUCAGGAAUGUUGUUGGGUUCAUUCCAUGCUGUCUAAGGUUCCAAACUAAAAUAUACUUGCAGUAAACACAUAAGCUUCCAUCCAGAGAUUCUUGUAUGGAGCAGCAGACAGUACAUUACAAACUGCUACACACAGGGAGAUCCCUCUCAAACAGCAGCACUAUUCACCUAUUAGAGGAGUAAAAGUUGGGGGGAAGUUGCCUGGAUUCAGACUCCCCAUAUUUUCAACAUGUGCAUGUGGGGAUUUUGAAUGUGGGUUCUUUAUUUUUGUAAAUUCUUUCCUUCUUGUACAAUGUAGAAUGAUCAUCUGUGCACAAAAACUUGUUUAUGGGUUACAGUUAAUGAAUCAGGCUGAUUUGCUUAGAAGUAAGAAAUGCUUCUCAUUUUAAAUGUUAUAUAUUGAUACCAGAGUAUAAGAUAUAUGUACCUUCCAUCAGUUGAUAAUGGUAUACUGCAUUCUAGAAGUGGGGACCAGAACCUUUCUUGACUUACAGGAUUCAGUGGCUCUUACUCAUAGGUAAGUGGGGUUAGGAUUGCAGCACUGUAUGUAUUUUACUGAGGAAAAUAGUUAUUUAUAUGUAUGUUCCCCAUUCUUAACUGAAGCAACAUUCAUGCAUUUUGUACUUGGGUAUAUUUGUAGCUGAGUACAGAAUGGGAAAUGUCCCUUAAUUAUAUUGAUUUAACAGAACUAGGUUUUAAGCAUGCUUAUAGUUGAUGCCACUUCCCCCUGGUUGAAACUAAACCUAAGCUUCUGCAGACUGAUCUGCAGGUAGCUGAUCUUUGAAUUGAAAAAAAGGUUUUAAUUCAAAAAAGGUGUGGGACUAAAUCAAUUUACAUCCAAGAAUUUUGGUUUAAUGGAUUUGAUUCUCAGGCUGAAGUCAGCUGCUUUAAGGAAUGUGUGUUAUUUGCUGUUGAAAUAAACAUAAGCUCCAUUAAGUAUAAAAAACGUAUGUAAGCCCUGGUGAAUUCAAUGGGUCUUAUUCAUGAGCCAUUGUAUUGAGUAACCCACAUUAAUCUAAAAAUUAAAAAUAAAUAUUUGCUACUAUAGCGUUUAUGUACAGAAGGCAAUCAUAAGAUUUAUGAAAAAUGAGCCUUUAACAAUCCUGCUUUGAAUAACUGAAUUUUUAAAACAAUCAAGGAA